UGGGAGGUACUCGCCUCAUGUUAUCCAGCCGCCUACUCUCUAUGGCCAAUCGAUUUCAUUCUACGAGCAUCGAUAGUGAUAUCGUGCUUCUUACGCCCCCCUUUUUCGUGGCAUCCUCACCUUUCACAACAAGCUUCUCCUGCAUGCCCGCCCGUCCACGGUACUUAUACCUGACACUGGUUUCGUGUGUCCGAGGUUUCCUUGUACUUACGCAUUACACGUACUUAGCCCCUUCGAUCGUUCAGCGCCCUUACCACCCUUCCACGCCAUUGAUCGCACGCGGGGAGUCCACAGGAAAGCAUUUUGUCGCCACUCACUUAACCCAGUCCUCUAUCUCUCAUUUGCUUCAUCACCAUGUUUCGCUUCAUGGGCUCGGAAUUCAAUAGCAAGGGCAAACAACGUCAGCAAGAUGCUGACCCGCAACUUCAGGUGCAUAUCCAAACCGAGGUCCACUCGAAUCAUCCUCCUGUGGAGAGCCAAGACUCCCAAGCCCUUGACAGUACAUCCUCCCUCCCGACUACGCCUUCAAACCCUAAGCGCCCGCUGCCUCCCGGGCUCCGCGUGCCGACACACCCUUACCCAUACUGGCAAAAUCAUACGCCGGCAUCAUCCUCCCAGAGUAGCCUCGAAUCACCUAAAACCCCUUCGCAAAUUUCCUGGCUUGGAGGGCCUGGAGGAACUUCGGUUGCUCGUGCCGCAUCAUCGGCACCAAAUCUUCUGCCUCAUCAUUUCCCACCACCACCUCCCACUUCACCACCAGCAAAUGUCCCACGCACGCGGACCUUACAACCCUCCAAGAGCUCGCAUUCAUUGCGAGUACCGGUGCAGGAGUGUUUUGGGCAGCCACUCUCUCCAAUUGUUGAGCAAGACUAUAUGUCACCUGAGAAGCGCACCGUGUCAUUACCGAGCAGCCCUGAUGGCUCCGGUUCUCGAGCGAGUGGUACUACGGGUACUAUGAUGACUCCAACAAGUGUGGUGGCUAUGUACUCUGCACGCCCACCACCCACGCCCACCACCCCAGUUGCUCCUCCACAAUUUGCGAGACGACGAGAGGAUUCACUUACUGGUGACUCGUCACGUUCAUCGCCAGUAUAUUCAAAUUUUGUUUCUCGCCCGCUGAACAGGACCAUAAGUAUGUCGUCGACGAGGACGCACCAGUCUGGCAACUCGGCAUCUGCAACACCGCCUGUGAUUCCUCCUCUUGAUCUACGCCCAGCCUUUCCAGGACCCCUCCCCUCAGACACACUUUUGUCCCGGGAUAUCGCUGAUGAAGGGCUGGGUAUCCCCGACGAUUCAUCGACAAAACGCGAGAGCUUCGUCACAGCUCGGUCGGCUGCUGCAGUGCGGGAGAGCAGGUACUCUGCUAUGCUUUUGGAACCGGAUCAUGAACCUCUAGAUGAUCAGGAGCUCCCAUCAAGCCGAACUGCGGAGUCCUCUAACAGUUCCCCCGAGCACCAACAAGGGAUCCCCCAGCUGCCUCCAGCAACACACACACCCGUACUUCCCCGUCCUUCAUCACGAACCUCAACAUAUCCACCCUCAUAUUCACUACCACAGCCCAAUGUAGAUCACCGGACCAAUCACGGUAGGAUCGAUACUCCAAGCCAGCGUGAUUCUGUCCGAUCAAUGUCAUCUUCAUUCAUCGACCGUCGCUUUGCAGAGUCUGAGCUAUAUUUCAGCUCGCACACGGAAUGCUCUAGCGCACGCCAAGCCAACGAGAAAUGGGGCAAGCAUACUGAGAAAUCCGACACCGCUCGGACGCUGUUCUGGCUUGGGUUUAUCGCGCCAUGGUGUUGGCUCAUCGGUGGAUGGCUGGUGAAAGCCAAGAGUAAUAAUAGCUAUGGCCGGAGCGGGAGCAUGAUGCCCUUGUGGACGGGUAAGAGCGCACAGACCGUUGAUUCAUUUAGGAUGCAGCCGAUGCACCAUGGCUAUCCCUUCGUGGCACCUUCGGUACAGAGCUUAAUGCCGCCAUCGUAUUCGCGAGGGAUUCAUUCAACUCAUCCUCGUGGCCCUUUUUUGAUGGCAAGGAGUCCGUGGAUUAGGAGGUGUAGAGUGGCUGCUGCUGUGAGUGGGAUUGUUAUCAUGCUGCUCUUCAUUGCUGCCCUGGUGGUAGUUGGAAAGAGCAGUUGAGUCGAAUUUUGGACAACUAAUGAAGGAUUCGUAUCUGGGUAUUUUAUUCUCAAAUUAAAAUGAGCAAAGCGAUCUUUACCGUAUAGUACUAUAUGAUCAUUUCUCCAUUGAAGCUUCCAUCACAUUUCGAGGAUCAGAAUCAUAGACCUGGUUCGGACCUGUAGCACUUCAUGAAUACCUAGCACUUUACGAAUAUGUAGAACAUCACGAAU